AUGUCUGCCUCUGCCAAGCUCAUCCUCAUCUCCGCCCUCGUGGCCUACGUCGAAGCCCGCUUCGGCCAGGAGCAGAUCCCUGUCGCCGCCGUCUCCGCCCUCGACGGCCGGUUUGGCCAGUCCGGCCAGGCUGCCACCCUCGCCGGCGGCGUCCCCGGUGUCCUCCUCGGCGGUGCUAACCCCUGCGCCAAGCUGACCCUCGCCGACAAGAUUGUCACGACCCUCGGCAACGACCCUGCUGUCAUUGCCGCCGCCGCCGGUGUCGUCGCGGCCGAGCAGAACUUCAACCCCUUUACUUCCGACAUUCCCAACAUUUGCGGUGACGCCAGCCUGCCCGCCACCGAGGCCCUGCGCGGCAUCCUGCCCGCCAUUGACCCUGCCGUCGCCAACUCGGCCCUGGCCAACCAGCUCAGCGCCUCGUCCCUGCAGACGCCCCUUGACGCUGCUGGCGUCUCGGUUGCCGACCUGUUCAUCGCCAACGGGUUUUCGGAUCUGAAGGUUGACGGCCAGGCUGCCGCCGGUGCCGGAGCUGGAGCUGGAGCUGGAGCUGGAGCUGGAGCUGGAGCUGGUGCCGGUGCCGGUGCCGGUGCCGGUGCCGGUGCCGGUGCUGGAGCCGGUGCUGGAGCUGGUGCUGGAGCUGGUAACAACGCUGGCAACGGCAACGCCGGUGGCAACAAUGCUGGCAACGGCAACGCCGGUAAUAACAACAAUGCCGGUAACGGCUGUGGUGCUGUUGCUCCUGCUCCUGAUGCUGGAGCCGGAGCUGGCGCCGAUGCUGGUAACGGCAACGCUGGCAACGCUAACGCCGGUAACGACAAUGCUGGCGGCAACGCCGGCGGCAAUGCUGGCGGCAAUGCUGGCGGCAAUGCUGGCGGUGCCGCCGACUUUGGCCAGUGCACGCCUACCAUGGACUUCCAGCUCGGCCGUGGCAACCGCGCCGCCAAUGAGGGCACCUUCCUUCCCACCGACCCUCUCGUCGCCCAGGGACAGCAGGAUGCUCUCAACCCCAACAUCAUCACCAACCGCAUCUGCGACCAGCUCAUCAACGUCUGCAAUGCCAACGCCGCGGCCAUUGCGAAGUGCGAGGACGCUCAGGCUCAGGUCGAGGCUUCCGGCGACCGCAGCGCCGCGGUGGCGGACGUCUUCAACGGCCUCCUUGGCUUCUAA